AUGGGGAGGCGCUGCUGGCGGCGGCGCGCCCUGGCGGCCGCGUGUCUGGGCGCCGCGCUCUUACUUCUGGGCGCCGCGCCCCGCGCCCUGCGCCCGGCCUUUGAAAACAGCCUGGGCUCUGGCUGGCUCGCGGGUAAGAGGCGGAGUCCCCUGCAGAUGCUGUAUGACUUGGACCAGGGCCCGCGCUCCGCCAUGGCCGAGGUGCACCGGCAGCGGCGCGACCUGCUGCGGCGCGCCUGCAGCCGCCACACCCGGCGGCAGCGCCUGCUGGCGCCCGCGGACCUGCGGCACGUGCUGGUGGACGACGCGCACGGGCUGCUGUACUGCUACGUGCCCAAGGUGGCCUGCACCAACUGGAAGCGCGUGCUGCUGGCGCUGAGCGGCCGCGCGCGCGGCGACCCGCGCGCCAUCCCCGCGCACGAGGCGCACGCGCCCGGCCGCCUGCCGUCGCUGGCCGACUUCGGCCCGGCCGAGAUCAACCGGCGGCUGCGCGCCUACCUGGCCGUGCUGUUCGUGCGCGAGCCCUUCGAGCGCCUGGCGUCCGCCUACCGCAGCAAGCUGGCGCGGCCCUCCAGCCCCGCCUUCCAGCGGCGCUUCGGCACGCGCAUCGUGCGGCGCCUGCGGCCGCGCGCGCUCCCCGAGGCGCGGGCGCGCGGCCACGACGUGCGCUUCGCCGAGUUCCUGGCCUACCUGCUGGACCCGCGCACGCGCCGCGACGAGCCCUUCAACGAGCACUGGGAGCGCGCGCACGCGCUCUGCCACCCGUGCCGCCUGCGCUACGACGUGCUGGGCAAGUUCGAGACGCUGGCGGACGACGCGGCCUUCGUGUUGGGCCUGCUGGGCGCGCCGGGGCUGCGCUUCCCCGCGCCGCCGCCCCGGGCGCAGGGGGCGGCCGCGCGCGACCUCGCCGAGCGCCUCUUCCGCGACGUCAGCCCCUUCUACCAGCGGCGCCUCUUCGACCUCUACAGGAUGGACUUCCUGCUCUUCAACUACUCGGCGCCCCCCUACCUGCGGCUGCGCUGAGCCCCCGCCCCCGCCGCGCCCCCUGGAGGACCCCGCCCGCGCCCGCCGGUGCCACCGCCCGGGGUCCAGUCCCAGCGCCACCGCUCCCGCGAUUCCCUGCCGGGCCGGCCCUUCUCCAGACCCCUGGGGGGGGGGGGCGGUCCAAUGACUAGUAUGUUUUCGUUUGAGGCCAUGGGGGGGGUCAGCUUUGCGCCCCCACCCCCACCCCACCUGCCUGUGGUGCCACAGAGCAGACAUGAUGGCUGGUGCCGCCUCUUGGCCUCACCUGCCCUGGUCAUCACAGGCCUCUCCCUCGGGGGCGCAGUGCCCUCGGAUCGGCGCUUCCACGCUGCCCCCAGGCUUCUCCCUGUAUGUGCCCCCCCCCACCUGUGGUCUCCCCGCGGCCAGAUCCCAGGCCUCCCGUGUGCGCCCGCGGAGCCCCGAGUGCAGAAGGGUGGCCGCUUUUACAGGACCUUGGCGAGCCGGGGAGCUCAUGGUUUUGAAAUAAAUGUUUGGUUACUUUCUGCCGUU